AUGCUGAGACUGCUUCUAGUCCUGGUGCUGACUGCAACGUCGGUUCUCGCCGGCUGCGGUCAGGGCUGGCCACAGUUUGAAGAUUUCUGUUUCAUCUUCAGCGAGGCAUCAGCGUCGUGGCAAGAUGCUUUGGCUGUCUGCAAUACUUACGGUGGCCGACUAGUGAAUGAUGACAGCUCAGAGAAACACGAGUGGAUAGUUGAGCAGCUGAGAGCACAAAAGAUGACCAAAGCCUGGAUAGGCGGAUCUAAAAGCAGUUCUGGAGUUUGGCAGUGGGUGCCAGGGGAGGAACCGCUGAGUUUCACUAACUGGGCACCAGGAGAGCCCAAUUACG